CUGCCAACGUUACAUUUCUAAAUGGUUCUUCUACAUUACUUACAAUCGGUCACAGGCCUAAUUUUAUCGUUUGUCCUACCCUUAAAAUUACACAUUAUAAUUAAAAAAAUGUAUUGAAAUAGAAUCGAAUGGACUUGCCAAAGGUCGAUAGAAGUACUGAAAAUGGACUGUAAUUUAGCUGUGACUUUUCAAAAUAUAACCUAAUCAUGGAUUAUUUAGGCGAAAUAGUAGCUCUCGGAAUAGACAGUGUCGUUUUUAGUAUCUGUUUGAAACAGUUCUUUUACUGCAAGAAUGCAAUCACGGCGGUCAAGGAUGCAGAGCUUCACGAAGUCGGUCCACAUCUGGGAGAUCUUUUGGAUAAAAGUCCCGAUACCAAGAUAGGCUAUAUAGCCAUUAGGGGUAUCGUAAAACCCUUAGAAAAGCCGUUAACCAGCAUUAAUAAUAGAAAAAUAACUGGUGUUGUACAAAAGCUUAAAAUUAAGGAACACGUUGUAGCUAGAACCACUGCUGGCUUUUGGUCAGACCAAGAGCGUACAGUUCAUAAAGUGUAUAACACUGUACCAUUUGCUUUACAACGAGGAGUUCAUUCUGUAGAAGUAUUAGAACCAUUGACAGCAGAUAUCUUAGAUAUGGAUGUGGUCUCUAAUACAUUUGAACCAAGCGUGCCGUCGUUUGCAGAUCACAUAUGGGGUUUCUUUACAGGUGUACGUCAACGUGGUUUGCAAUCUACGGAAGAAUUACUUCGCGAAGGUGCGGUUAUCACAGGUAUAGGUGAAUUAACAAAAUCAAAAUCUAAAACGCUAACAUUGCAACCACCGCUAAAUGGCACUCCAUUUUAUUUGACAAGCAUGUCGAUCAGUUCUUUACUUCGAAAGUUAGACGAUCGUAAAAGAACGUACAGAUUGUUAUGUCUCAUGUUUGGGGCAAUUGGAUUGCUAAUCGGUGGAAUAGUAUUUCGACGUUAUUGGAAAGAUAAAACGGAACAGAGGUUGGCAGAGGAAUUGAGACAAUCUCUCGCUGCGUCUCGAAAAGAAAGAAGACAAAGAGUAAGAGAUGUCGAUCUUAGAGAUGAUCAAUUAUGCGUCGUUUGUCGCACAAAUCCCCGUGAGAUUAUUCUUCUUCCGUGUGGGCAUGUCUGUUUGUGCGAAGACUGUGCCGAUGACAUCGUGAAUGAUUGCCCUCUUUGUAGGGCACCGAUUACACAAAAAGCUGCCGCAUAUAUAAUUUAAAAUUAACGAAGAAAUAAUAUUCUUCGAGUAUAUUUCAGUCGAGUUUUUCUUACUCGAUUAAACAAAUUUUUUCCAAAAGUCAAAACUGAAAUUUUUAAAAUGUACCUUUCCACAAUAAAAUAUAUUUACUGGAAUCGCUUAAAUGCGAUACAACUUGUA